AUGAUGCUAUCAGGAGUAUCAGGUCAGGGUGGAUAUGGGUGCGGAGCAGGUGUGCUUAAUAUUGGGUUUGUCUUUCAGUGUGAAACGGAGCUCAAUAUAUGUUUUUGUCAGAACUCGCAGUCUGCAGCCUGCAGAGUCGGCAUUGCAGCAGCCCCCAUGGCGUCCACAGCGAGCGUCAAGCUCUCUGCGAGGCCUCUUCCUCAAAGGUUGGGGAAGCUUGAAGAUAGGCUUGUGGCUAGGUGUCCCUGUCAAUGUCCUCUACCAGUUCAAAAGCACCAAGGCGUCGGUCUGAGGUCGACGCGGACAGGCGCUACAGCUCCAAAUGUUGCUCAAAAGUCCAAAGCACCGACAGAGAGGCAUAGAAGGGCUCUCCACUGUAGAUCCGUGCUGGAAGCUCCGACAGCCGACACAACAUCAGAAAAGAGGGAAGGAGCAGAAAAUGGUGAGGCCAGUGGGAAUGGGGCGCUGCAUGGGCAGCAGGACGCCGCGAACGGCGUCAGCAAUGGUCAUGCUGACGUCAUAGAGAACGGGGCAGGGGAUAGCGCUGACGUCAUAGAGAAUGGGGCAAGGGAUAGCGUGCACAAUGAGGAGGGAAGUGAGGGCGAGGGAGAUGAAAGCGCAGAGGAGCGGAAAGCGAGGGAGGAGGAAGCGGCUUCGAGGAAGCUGGCGGCAGACCUUGCGGCGGAGGUGGCCAAGCGGCGGAACUUUGCAAUCAUAUCGCACCCCGACGCUGGGAAAACGACGCUGACGGAGAAACUUUUGCUGUACGGAGGAGCCAUCCAUGAGGCGGGGGCGGUGAAAGCGCGCAGGGCGAGCAGGCACGCCACAUCGGAUUGGAUGGCCAUGGAACAACAGAGGGGUAUCUCAAUUACCUCAACGGCUAUGGUGUUUGAAACCAAGGGCCACUCCAUCACCCUCCUCGACACUCCAGGUCACGCGGACUUUGGAGAGGACACAUACAGGACGCUCGCGGCCGCAGACAACGCGGUGAUGCUGGUCGACGCGGGGAAGGGUCUCGAGCCACAGACCCGGAAGCUGUUCGAGGUGUGCCGCAUGCGCAAGCUGCCCGUCUUCACGUUCAUGAACAAGCUGGACCGCCCCGCCAAAGAACCCCUCGAGUUGCUCGACGAGAUCGAAAAGGAGUUCGCACUGCAGACGUACCCCGUCAACUGGCCGAUUGGGUCUGGCGACCGGUUCGUCGGCGUAUACCACCGGCCACGCAAAGAGGUCCACCUCUUCCAGCGGGACGCAUCUCACGGGAGUCGGGAGAUUAUCAGCACGGUCUUGGCGGGCGACGACCCGACGCUAAAAGAUAUUAUCGAACCGGACCUGUACGAACAGCUGCAGGAAGAACUAGAGUUGCUAGAAGAGUUGACGCCGCCGCUGGACAUGGACCGUGUGCGGAGCGGCGACUUGUCGCCGGUGUUCUUCGGGAGCGCGAUGAACAACUUCGGGGUGGAGCUGUUUCUAGAAAGUUUUCUGGGCUACGCGGUCCCGCCGAAAGCGUACGAGAGCAGCCGCGGCGAGAUCAGCCCCGAGUACCCGCACUUCACGGGCUUCGUCUUCAAGCUGCAGGCCAACAUGGACCCGCGGCAUCGGGACAAGGUCGCCUUCGUUCGCGUCUGUUCAGGUCAAUUCGAGAAAGGCAUGAAGGUACAGUUGGCGCGUACGGGGAAGACCAUCGCACUGACCCGGCCGCAGAAGCUGUUUGCGCAGGAGCGGAGCACCAUGGAGACCGGCUUUGCGGGAGAUGUGAUCGGGUUGAACAACCCGAACGCCUUUGCGAUUGGCGACACGAUCUUCUCGGGCCCCCGGUUGGCUUACCCGGCCAUUCCGUGCUUCUCCCCCGAGCUGUUCAUGUACAUCAAAAACCCGAACCCGUCCAAGUACAAGCAGUUCCAAAAGGGCAUCUCGGAGCUCCUGGGAGAGGGCGCCGUGCAAGUGCUCUACUCCAUGGACCCGGGUCAGACCAACCCAAUCCUUGCGGCUGUCGGGCAAUUGCAAUUUGAGGUUGUGCAACAUCGGAUGCAGAGCGAAUACAACGUUGAUACUACUUUGGAACCGAUUGGUUACACCGUUGCACGUUGGGUCGUUGGCGGGUGGGAUGCCCUCGAAAAAGUGGGCAGAUUGUACAAUUGUGCGACGGUAAAGGACAUGUGGGGGCGCCCAGUGCUACUCUUCCGUAAUGAUUGGAACGUCUCGCAGUUGCUUAACGAUAAUCCUGAGAUUGGCGAGCUAGCUCCAUAUUCACUUCCACCAACAGAACAAGGCUAACAAAACCACAUAAAACAGAAGUCCGGAUGUUCUCACUAACCAACAAGGAUGCCGAUGCAAAGACGUGUAAUUGUCUUCGCCCU